AUGCAGAUGUAUCCUAUUCCUACCAAGGCAUCCUAUCCAAAAUUCUGGAUCAUUUGCUUGUUGCUGCUGUGCCUUCAAUGCAGGCUGCUUACACACAGCAAAGCUACUUCAUGGAAGAAAUUCAAGGAAUGGCAUUACCUCAGUCCACGCAGAGAUUUCAUCUCAUACAAAUGCGAUGACCUCAUGGAGCAAAUGGAAACUCUGGAAGAGGAGAAACCCCACAUAUUCAUUUAUGCCUCAUGGUACCAAAUAGAGCAUUUGUGUGUUAAGGGCAUUUGGAAUGAUCGCUACAGAAAUACAAACACAUGGACGCAGCAUACUCUCAAAGUACUGAAGUGUAAAAAGGAGAAAUCCGAAAAUUUCUACAGAGAGAAUAGGGGUUACAACCACAUAAAAUUCCAAUGUAACAUGGAUGGGCAUGUGGAUCGCAUAGUAAACUUCACAGAACCUAUCACCCAUUAA